GUGGUUGUGAAAUAUAAUAUCGAUCCACGCGUUUGGAACCAUCUCAAAAGUUGACGUAUGUGUAUUGUUAUUGGCCUUAGAAAUUAGUCAUCUCGAGUGAUUCACACUAAGGAGUUUUGGAAGGUGAACGUUCUUGCAACCUGUUAUUCUAGUUGGUGAGGUCAUCGACAAUAGUGUUCCUAGCGCUACAGCUGCAACUUGAAUGAGAUAGUGAAUGUGUUACAUACAUAAUUGUGGAUGUGUUUGUGUUCAACUUUAAGUUCUAGCUUCUUUAGUAAUGCAAGAUGCCCAUCUGAUCUUGAAAAUUUGUGUUUAAUACCUGCAUCUUUCAGGAUACUUCCAAUGAGAAGAGAGUAAGCUAGCAAGACGGAUCGGACCACCCUGUAUCUUAACUGGGUUAGCCACACAGCUGAAUAUUAGUACACAAGAUGUCACCUAGCUGGUUGGCCCCGUGCGUGCUGAUGCUGCUGUCCUCAGCAAGGACGGUGCUGAGUUGGACCUUCCACCUGCCCAAGAUUGGAGGUUGCCCUGACCUGGCGGCUCAGCAGGAUUUUAUGCCAAAUAUCGAUAAGUUUAUGCAGGCACCUUGGUACGUGCAGUCCAGUUUCGACACGGAGAUCCUGCAGGGGAAAGGUCGCUGCAUGACGGCCUCCUACAAGUACAACCCUCUCAACAAGGCAGUGUUGGUCGCCACCGCUCAGUUCAAUGAAGAUAACAAUUCAUGGGAGAGAUUGGACGCAACUGCCACGCCAGCCAACGCGACUGCUGGUGAUGCCAAGUUCGACGUAUACUUUGAUAUUCCGAUCUGGGGAAAGGUGAGUGGAAAGUACUCGGUGCUGGGGACCGACUACGAGACAUACUCAGUUAUACACGGAUGUGGCAGCUUCUUCAGUAUUUUACAUUAUGACUGCAGUUGGUUGAUGAGCCGAAAACAGAAAUUGGCGCCAGAAGAGGAAGAGGAAUUCUACAACAGUACGUCAAAAGUUCUAGAAAACUAUGACUCUUUAGAUCCCAAAGAGUUUAAGAAGGUCGAUCAAGUAAACUGUGAUAAGUGAAAACACCUACGCGUAGAAUUGUUCAAUUUCACUUCGUAUUCAACAAGUCACAGCAAUAUGGUGAAAGGUGUAACAAGAUCCACUAAUAAAAUGACAAUCUGUGGGACACUUAGUUGUGUAAUAAAAAGUGCACCGAGGACAUGUCUGUGGUUAUAAAAAUUAUGACAACACUGUAUGUUUAAGAAUAAAUUUUGUACAUAUUUUAA